UCUAAAUAAUAUUAAUCUCAAAAACAAUAAUAAUGGCAAAUAUUCCACAAAAAAGAUAAUAAAAGUAUUAUAUAGAUGAUGAAAGAAACAAUAAUCUUGCCCAAAGAGGAUAAAAUAUUAUUGAAGGUAAUUUUAAUUGAUUGAAUUUUAUUCUAAGUCAAUCAAAUAAAUGAAUAGAAUGAAAGGCAGUGGUUAGCUGAAAUAGAGGAGGCUUCAUAAUACGUUGAUGAAACUUAUCAAAAACUUAUGCAAGUAUUAAAUAAUGUGAUAUCUAUUUUAUAUAAACUUAGGCGGAUUAGACAUUAGAAAGGUUCAACGAGGAGUAAAGAAUUGAAAACGAGAAUUAAGACUCCUGA